UUCAAGAUGCUAUUUUUCUAAUCACAGUAGUCUGAUUCUGUCAUGUCAUUUUCGAUUCCUACAAAAACUGAUCGCGUAAUAUUUUUCGUUCGUUUUUUAAACUUUCCGUCUUGUGAGUGCUGUGCAGCAUAUCAUGGAGUUCAAAGCAUUAAAAACCACAAAGGAAAUAACCUCAAAAGUCAACACUGGCGUCCCAAAGAAAUCGUCCACGCUGACAUUUGUGCAUUCCCGCCAAUCAAGCACCCUAUCGCGGACUUCCAGCAGGCAAAGCCACCUGAAUCUCGCAGACCGGAAAUCGUCAAACACUAACCUGGCGGGCAAAGCGCGUCCAACGACCAGUUUUAUUUCCACGCGGGUGACGCAUCCGUCCUCCAGUUCGUGCAUUACCGUGGACGACAAGCUCCCGCUGGGAGUCCACCGGCUGGGCACCCUUCCAGCCUAUCUGCGAAACAAACGCCCAGCGACGGCAACCGCCAAGCUGGAAAGUGGCCAAUCCCCGAUGAUCCACCGGAAAACGGAUUCACCGAAGGAAGAGCCAUUUAAGUUCGAUGCGGUAACGCCGAGUAAAGCGGCUACGCAACAAGGUGACGCAAAGGAAGAAACAAAAAACGAUGACUCCGGGAUCCAGGUUAGCAGUCCACCGUGCGAAGGACAGACGCCGGACGGCAGCGAGGCUCUUCAGGAAAUGGUUCAGGAAAUGGGCUUGAAGGAGAUUCUUUCCAAAAUGAGGCACCUGGGCGACUCGUGCGAUGGAAAGCAGAAACGUAUUGAGCAACUGGAGUCGGAAAUCGUUCGACUUCGUAGGUCAAUUGAGGACCGCGAUGAUGAUAUUCAGAAGAUGAAGUUCAACAUGAACAAGGUGCGGUCCUUGGCGAACAAUCGAGAUACGAUCGCGCGGGAUGGUCUGCAGGAACUGGAGAAGAAACUCGACAGCCUGCAGAAGGAAUUGACUCAGAAAUGCAACGAUCUCUUCAAAAGUAAAGAUAAGAUUAGCAGACUGAAGCAGAAACUGGCAGAAUCCACUGCAACUGUUGAGGAGCGAGACCGAACCAUUUUUGACCUUCUGGAGAAGGACGCAGUUCGGGCGGCGGAAUUCAAAGCAACGCAACAAUCGAGCGAUGAAUUGAAGCAACAACUGACAGCGCUGCGCAAAGAACUCACCGCAAAAGACACGCAAAUAAUCGAAAUGCAGACGAACGAUCCGAUGAAGCUUGUUCAGUCGGAAGUGGAUGCGUAUCACAGUGUGGUGGCAACCCUGCGUAAGGAAGUCGAACAGCUGCGCUUCGAGAACCAAAUGCUUGCCAGCUUGAAAAAACAAGACGACGUAAUGCUGCAGAUUCGCACCAAGUUGUUCGAGAACGUCGAGCGCAACAAGGAGUCGUACAAGGCACAACUGAAACAGUUGUGUAGAAGUGGAAGUGUGGAAGAAAUUGAUGAAGAGAUUAAUCAAAUUGAGGAGGUAAGUUCUCGACAACGGAGGUCCGUUUUUGAAGAAUUGGACGACAAGCAGUGCGCCGCGGAAGAUCAGACCGACGAGCAGUGGAAAGAAGUAGGCAGCCAAAUACUGAGCAUGGCGAAGCUCCUCAUCAAGGAGAAUAAGGGAUUGCUAGAUAUUGUAAGAUCUCAUUGCGAUGCAGACACACAAGACGGAGAACACAUGCGAUCAGUGGAAAACGAUGAGCAGAAUCAACUGGUGGAGGAUUCGUUGUUAUCCGAGGAAUCGACAAUCUUGGUUAGAGAAAGUGACGAACGGUGCGAUGUGGAAGAGGAAAUUACCAGUAGAAUCGUUUACGAUGAACAAAUUUUGAGCAUAUGAUGAUGGUACUAAAUUAAGUGAGAUUCAAUAAGAUGGAUUCUAGUUUAA